AUGACAGGGGUGUUUGACAGGAGGGUCCCCAGCAUCCGAUCCGGCGACUUCCAAGCCCCGUUCCCCACGUCCGCGGCCAUGCACCACCCGUCCCAGGAGUCGCCCACUCUGCCCGAGUCCUCGGCCACCGACUCCGACUACUACAGCCCCGCGGGCGCGGCCCCGCACGGCUACUGCUCUCCUACCUCGGCCUCCUACGGCGGCAAGGCGCUCAGCCCCUACCCGUACCAGUACCCCGGCGCGGGCGGCGCCGCCGGCGGCUACCCCGCCAAAGCCUACGCCGACUACGGCUACGCCAGCCCCUACCACCAGUACGGCGGCGCCUACAACCGCGUGCCCGGCGCCGCCAGCCAGCCAGAGAAAGAAGUGGCCGAGCCCGAGGUGAGGAUGGUGAAUGGCAAACCAAAGAAAGUUCGCAAACCCAGGACUAUUUAUUCCAGCUUUCAGCUGGCUGCGUUACAGAGAAGGUUUCAGAAGACUCAGUACCUCGCCCUGCCCGAACGCGCCGAGCUGGCCGCCUCGCUGGGCCUGACGCAAACACAGGUGAAAAUCUGGUUUCAGAACAAAAGAUCCAAGAUCAAGAAGAUCAUGAAAAACGGGGAGAUGCCCCCGGAGCACAGCCCCAGCUCCAGCGACCCCAUGGCGUGUAACUCGCCGCAGUCUCCGGCGGUGUGGGAGCCUCAGGGCUCGUCGCGCUCGCUCAGCCACCACCCUCAUGCCCACCCUCCGGCCUCCAACCAGUCCCCCGCGUCCAGCUACCACCUGGAGAACUCGGCUUCCUGGUACCCGAGCGCCGCCAGCUCCAUCAACUCCCACCUGCCGCCGCCGGGCUCCUUACAGCACCCGCUGGCGCUGGCCUCCGGGACGCUCUAUUAG